AUGGGGCCUGCUCCGGCAGUGCCUCUCGGGCCGAUCGCGGUGAGCCGGCCACGGCAGCUCGUGGCAGGUGGCGCCGGCGGCGGGGGCGCCGCCGCGGGCGGCGCCCGCAAGCCGCCGGAGGCGACCCCGGACGCGCAGCUCAGCUCGGUGCUCGAGGGCCUUGGCGCGGAGGGCCUGCGCAGCAUGCUCACCGGGGCCCUGGAGUCGCUGUACCAGGACCGCAUCAAGCCCAUGGCGAGCUACGUCAAGGGCCGGCUGAAGGAAAGGUCCAACCCGGAGCCGAUCGUGAAGAGCUUCGUGGAGCUGUACAGCCAACACUCCGACCUGUUCCUGGUGCAGCAGCCGGCAGCAG